AUGACGAAGAAAAAAUCUGACUCUUCAACGAAAACACUCGUUGGUGCUAUUGAUCAAGGAACAUCAUCAUCUCGAUUUCUUAUUUUUAAUGCAACAAAUCUUGAAUUAAUAACAUAUCAUCAAGAAUCUAUUCAAAUUUCAACACCAAAUCCUGGUUGGGUUGAACAAGAUCCAAAUGAAAUACUUGAAAAAACUAUUCUAUGUAUGGAAAAAGCUGUUGAAAAAUUAGGAGAAUUAGGUUAUGAUAAAUCGGAUAUUAAAGUUAUUGGUGUAACAAACCAACGUGAAACAACUAUUUUAUGGGAUAAAAAAACUGGAAAGGUAUUACAUAAUGCUAUUGUUUGGUUAGAUGCACGUACACAAGAAACAGUUGAUUUUCUUUUAAGACAAUUUAAUACACAUAGAGAUUGUCUACAAGAACAAUGUGGUUUACCAUUAUCAACUUAUUUUUCAGCAUUAAAAAUUCGAUGGUUAAUUGAUAAUAAUCAUCAUGUUAGAGAAGCAAUUAAAGAAAACCGAUGUUUAUUUGGUACUGUUGAUAGUUGGCUACUUUAUAAUUUACUUUCCGAUGAUAAAAAUACUGUGCAUGUAACUGAUGUAACAAAUGCUAGUCGAACAAUGUUAAUGAAUAUUCGCGAUCUCAAAUGGGAUCCUAAACUUUGCGAAUUCUUCGGUAUUCCUGAACAUAUUUUGCCAGAGAUCAAAUCAUCUGCAACAAUAUUUGGUUAUAUUAACAAAGGUUUACUUCAAGGAAUUCCUGUUGGAGCAGUACUCGGUGAUCAACAAGCUGCAUUAGUUGGACAACAGUGUUUAACUAAAGGAACAGCAAAGAGCACAUAUGGAACUGGUUGUUUUAUUUUAUACAAUACAGGUGAAGAUUUAGCUUAUUCUCGAAAUGGUCUUUUAACAACAGUUGCAUAUAAAUGGAAUGAUGAUGAUGCUGUUUAUGCCCUCGAAGGUUCUAUUGCUAUUGCCGGUGAGUGUAUUAAAUGGUUGCGUGACAAUCUUGGAUUGAUUCCAGAUUCUAAAAGCACUGAAACAAUAGCAGCUUCUGUAAAAGAUACUGGUGGUGUCUAUUUUGUUCCUGCAUUUUCAGGUUUAUUUGCACCUUAUUGGAGAUCUGAUGCUCGAGGUUUGAUUAUGGGUAUGACUCAAUAUACAACAAAAGCACAUAUUGUUCGAGCAGCUCUCGAAGGUAUUUCUUAUCAAACACGUGAGAUUGUUGAUGCAAUGUAUGAUGAUAGUGGUGUACGUCUUUCAAAAUUAAAAGUCGAUGGAGGAAUGGCAAAUAAUAAAGUAUUUCUUCAAAUGCUUGCUAAUAUUGUUGGUAUAAAUGUAGCUACACCAAGUUUAUUUGAAACAACAGCAUUAGGUGCUGCACUUGCUGCUGGAAAAGCACAAGGUAUUGAUUUAUUUACAUUAGAAGUUGAAAAUGAAAUUGAAACUGAAAUGAGUCAAUAUAUACCACGAAUACAAGGAAAACAACGUGAAGAAAAUUUUUCUGCAUGGAAAAAAGCUGUUAUAAAAAGUUUUGAAAAUUUAACACCUGCAUUUAAUAUUGAAAAUAAAAGUAUGCAAAAAGAUACAACUCAUUUAUCAUCAAGAACUAUGGGAUGGAUAGCAUUGACAAGGACUUAUUGUCUGAAUUACCAAAUUCCACCAUUGAACACGAAAAAUGCUGGGUGGGAUCUUCAAAUUAACACUACCUUUGUUGCAACCGACGAUGAUGUGGUCAAAUCAAUUGAUGAUAUGUCACGUUUGUUUCCGGUCAAUAGUCCUACGGGUACAUACAAUAAAAAAUUUCGAGCUGCUAAACGAAUGAAAACUGCAUUAGACAAUCGUCUAAAACGUUUUCGUAUGCUUGAUCAAGAUGAAUUUCAAGAAAUGCUCAAAUCAUUAAGUCAACAAUCUCCUGAAGAGCAAUUAAAAGCAUCGAAUGGUGUUGAUACUUUCGGCGGUAUGCAUAUUUCAAACUAUUGGUCGUCCUAA